AUCGAUAGAACUCCUAACUUCUGGUGAGUUCAGAUUUCACAGGGAGCACCUGAAGGCAACUUAUGUCAGAGGUGCGCUUCUGUCACGGUGCGCAUGCGCAGUGGUCUAACUAGGAAGCAGAGGCGACUAUGUGGACGUAUCGUUGAAGGAAGCCGCUUUAGAAUAAUUUUCGGAGGGUUUAUAUACGCGUGGAAAGAAGGGAGUCUCUUAACAAUGGACGGCUGAUGGCUAGAAGCAAAGUCCGUGAAAUUCAUUUAACAUUUUCAUCGUGUGUUUAAAAAAAACAACAAAAAAACGGGGUUCGCAAUGAUGUCAGAAUGCGACCCGACGGAGACGGAGAGCUGCGAGCCCGGGCUGGACACCGGGGCAACGGCAGCCGUGUCCGCCUUGCAGUGCGUCUUCCGCUCCCUAGACCCUCCGAAGGUGCUGUUUGACAGGAACGGGAUAGGCUUGGGACCCGUGACGAAGCUCGGAGGUGCCGUUCGCAUCUCGGACUCGUGUGAGAGCGUCUUAACCGAGCUGGAGACGGACGGGUCGGGCGAGGAGACGCUGCUGUUGCCGUGCUCAGCGGGGAGCCCGUCAUCGUCGUCGCCGCGCGGCGUGGGAGAGAAGUGGAGCCGGCGGAACAGACGCAGCUCGUCGUCGGAUAAGGACGCCCUGGCCUCCCCGGGUGCCAGCAGUGGAGACUUCAACCAUUUCCCUGACGACCCCGAGUUUGCAGACAUUAUUCAAAGGGCAGAACAAGCUAUUGAGAAUGACUACUUUCCAGAAAGGAUCUCCCAGGGAUCCAGCGGGAGCUACUUUGUCAAAGACACAAAAGGGAAAGUCAUUGGUGUUUUCAAACCAAAGUCAGAGGAGCCUUACGGUCACCUAAACCCCAAAUGGACCAAAUAUUUUCACAAGCUGUGCUGUCCGUGUUGUUUCGGCCGAGGCUGCUUGUUGCCUAACCAGGGUUACCUCUCGGAGGCUGCUGCCUCACUGGUGGACACUAAACUCGCCCUUGGAGUGGUGCCCAAAACAAAGGUGGUGAACCUGGCCAGUGAGACCUUCCACUACAGCGCCAUCGACAGAGCCAAAUCCAAGGGGAAGAAGUACGCCCUGGAGAAAGUGCCCAAGGUGGGACGCCGCUUCCACAGAGUGGGCCUGCCGCCGAAGGUGGGCUCAUUUCAGCUCUUCGUGGAGGGUUACCGUGAAGCAGACCACUGGCUGCGGCGCUUUGAGGCGGAAUCUUUGCCGGAGAACAUCAGGAAGCAGCUGCAGUCCCAGUUUGAGCGGUUGGUGGUGUUGGACUACGUCAUCAGAAACACAGAUCGAGGGAAUGACAACUGGUUGAUCAAGUAUGAGAAGCCAGGAGGAGGACAAAAGGACGCGGAGUGGCCCGAGAACAGCUCUGACUCCUGUAUCAAGAUCGCAGCGAUCGACAACGGCCUGGCCUUCCCCUUUAAGCACCCGGAUGAAUGGAGAGCCUAUCCGUUCCACUGGGCGUGGCUUCCACAGGCAAAAGUGGCCUUCUCCCAGGAGACCAGAGACCUGGUUCUGUCCCGCCUGUCUGACAUGAACUUUGUCCAGGACCUCUGUGAGGACCUCUAUGAGAUGUUCAAGGUGCAAACCCCCACGGACAAAGGCUUUGAUAAGACCAUGUUUGAGAGACAAAUGUCUGUAAUGAGGGGACAGGUGUUGAAUCUGACCCAGGCGCUAAAGGACGGGAAGAGCCCCAUCCAGCUGGUACAGAUGCCCCGGGUGGUGGUGGAGCGCAGCCGCUCGGGCGGUCAGGGACGUGUGGUCACACUUGGCAACGCCUUCACACAAACCUUCCACUGCAAGCGUCCCUUCUUUACCUCUUGGUAGUCACAGUUGGGUGGGGAGGGCGGUUCAGGAGAGACUUCUGCAGCUUCUUUCCCCUCUUGAAGCGCUUGGGAAGACGGGAGGUUCAAAUUGGAGACGGCAAAUGUGUUUGUGCCGAAAGAAGAAAUGAAGACACGGUAGAAAGAAAAUAUGAUGAAGUAUUGCUUUCGCCCCAUUCCACAUUUUGUGAAGCGACACCAGUUACCAUGGUGACUCGAUCUACUUUUCCACAGAUGUGGGCUUUCUUUACUGUUGUUUUUUUGUUGUUGUUUUUUUACCCUCCUAAAGUACCUUGCAGGGUCACAUAGUGGUGCAAACGGCCAAAGAAGUGUAGUUUGUAUGUUUGGGAAUCUAAAGGACUAUAGCUUCACAGACCUCUAGAAAGUGAUUAAUGUAUUUAUUUUAAAAUCUGGGACUGUGUUGUUCCUCGCCUGGGAUCAAGUCCCAAACAGUUUUUUUGCCUUGUUGAAAACGAUAGAUGUGCACUUGCGCUGCUGGAGGUGCUUUGAAUAGUUCUACAGAGCUGGGCCAAACUGCUUGUUAUCCAGUGUUCGCUUUAAAAAUGACGUCUGUUGGACUAACACAAACGCAGUGUCUUCAACUCUCACUACUGCCAAAAUCUGUUUGAGGACCGAGUAUUUAACCGCCACGAGAAAAUGAAUACGUUGAAACUUGAAUAUGACAAUUUGGGAAAGGAGACUAUUGAUGAACACAUUGUUUGAAUGUAAUCUGUUUACAUCUUCGAUACAGAUUGUUGCUCCGAGACAUUUCAAUAUGAGCGACUGCUGUAACAAUGAAUGUAUUUGUUGUUCGACAUGUAUUUAAUUGCUGGGGGGGGGUUUGGCACCUCGUCCGUGCCCUUUGUAACACACAAGAAAACUAUCUUUCACAUUCUCGAUGCCCUUGUGUUUUCUUAUGUAUGCAUCUUGAACUUUCUAUUCUAACUGGAUGAUUGUAUAAGAAAAGUUGUAUAUUUCAAAAAUGAAAAAUAAAAUUUGGGAAAUUUGGA